CUUUCUGACCGGGUAACUAUUUAUGGCAGGACCACGCUCGCUGUUAAAAUCCCGAGCUCGUGAUUAUUUUUGUUGAGUGAUCGUGGACGGAGGUAGUUUAUCCUGACUUGUGGGGUUUAACGGCAAACUAGAGAAAGCACGCAGGCGGUCUGCACACACCGAGGAAGGGACUAUGCUCUUCAGGUUAUGAGAUAUCAGGAGCCAUGGCGGGUUGGCACCGGGUAGCUGCCUUCUGUGUCGGGCUUUUAUUGUUGCUGUUGUCGGCUCGUAGCAGCGGGAGACCGGCGGGGAAAUGUGUCGGCGACAAGUCCUGUCCUCCUGCGAAACCCCCGGUCGUCCUCAUUCCCGGGGAUCUGGGAAACCAGCUGGAGGCGAAGCUGAAUAAAUCCACUGUGGUCCAUUACAUCUGCUACAAGAAGACUGAGACCUUUUUCACACUGUGGCUCAACCUGGAGCUGCUGGUGCCUGUAGCCAUAGACUGCUGGAUAGACAACAUUAGGUUGAUCUACAACAGGACCACACACACCACCUCUUCCCCGCCAGGUGUAGACAUCCGCGUCCCGGGGUUCGGAGAUACUUUUUCAGUGGAGUACCUGGAUCCCAGCAAACACAGUGUGGGCAUGUAUUUCUUCAGCAUAGUGCAGGCUCUAGUAGACUGGGGCUACACGAGGGGUGACGAUGUCAAAGGAGCCCCCUAUGACUGGAGGAAAGCACCCAAUGAGAAUAAAGAGUAUUUCUCAAGGCUGCAGCAAAUGAUUGAGGAGAUGGCCGAGAAGGCUGGUGGGCCCGUGGUGCUCAUUGCUCACAGCAUGGGCAACCUGUACACUCUGUACUUCCUGAACCAGCAGCCACAGGCAUGGAAAGACCGAUACAUCAAAUCUUUCAUUGCUCUCGGCGCUCCGUGGGCCGGCGUGGUGAAGACCUUACGUGUUGUCCUCUCCGGUGAUAAUGACCACAUCCCCGUGAUCAGCUCACUCAGGAUUCGCUCGCAGCAGCGUUCGGCAGUCUCCACCAACUGGCUGUUUCCCUUUCCCAGCUCUUGGCCCAAAGAUCAGGUCUUGGUCCAGACCCCCACCACCAACUACACUGUGCAGGACUACCAUCGCCUCUACACUGACAUUGAUUUUGAAGACGGCUGGAUGAUGCAGCAGGACACAGAGUCGCUGGUGCGGGACUUCACACCCCCCGGCGUGCCCGUCCACUGUCUGUACGGCAUAGGUGUUCCCACACCCGAAGCAUUUCAGUACUCUGAUAAGUUCCCAGACGUGGAUCCCACAGUGACAUUAGGCUCGGGGGACGGGACGGUAAACCUGCACAGCGCCCUCCAGUGUAAACGGUGGGUAGGAAAGCAGAAGCACCCUGUGACACUGAUGGAACUUCCAGGUAACGAGCACGUUAACAUGCUGCUCAAUGUGACAACUGUGGACUACAUCAAGAAAGUGCUGUUCUCACCAUGAUGCCGGCUGGCAGGGAGACUGCUUUGCUCUGACGGUGUAAUUAAAGUUUACACUGGCACACAGGAACUGACUUCUCACCUGUCUGAAUGCUGACUGCCAAAUAUAUAUAUUUUUUUUUUACCACAAUGUUCAAGGAAAAGUUAGUUUUUUAGGACGAAUGCAUUAUUGAAUUUUUAAAUUUAUUUAACAGUAAAACUAUUGAAGUUUAUUGUUGAGCCUCAAAGACUUUAACUAAAUCCAUGUGUCCUUUCAUUAAAAUAUUGAGAUUUCUAAACUACUUCGACUGUAUUGUAGCUAGCUAACUGCUAAAGCACACACUGUAUUCAUAUCCUCCCCAGUCUCUGGUUUUUAAAAACAAAUUCUGCCUUUUUAAUUUCAUCUAAAGCUGUACGUCUCAGAUGGUGGUUGGGUAUUUAAAAAAUUUGUAUUUGAUCAGUUUCGCUGAUCAAGUAGGUCUCAUGAUGACAAUUUUAUUGGCUUACAAAACUCCCGCAAAAUGGCAAAAGCACCAGAAAAUCUACCAAGCGCACCCUAAGGGUUGGAUUUACUAAGCAAGGAAAAUCUUUGGGAGGCUCAAAGAGGCAGAAAGGCAAUUUCAAGAAUGUCAGACUGCGUUCCUCAAACAAGCAGAAAAGCCCAUUGAAUCCCAUACAUGCCCACAGGACACAUGGUGCCUCUUGUCACCCUGUUAGUAGGUGGUUAUCACCUCAUUUAGAGGUGGCUCCUCCCGCCUAAAUCUGGAAUACUGCAUUUUUCCAGUCAAACGUCAAUUUCAUACGUAUCACAACAAUGGUCAACUCGAGGCACUUUAUAUUAUAAAGCCACUACAAUAUUAUAAAAAUAAUACAUUUUAUUUGUAAGCGCCUUUCAAACACCCAAGGACACUUUAUAGACUUUAAAAUGCCAAUCAGACAAUCCCUGAAGAAAAAGGUACUGGGCGAUGGUGGGGAGGAAGAAUUCCCUUUUUAACAGGAAGAAACAUCUGGAUCAAACGGGUAAAGGGAGAGACGGCAAUCUGCUGCAAACACCCCCCCCCCCACCCCCCGCAGCUGGAGCCUGUAGUAAUAUAACUAGGAGAUGGUUCAGGAUCACCUUUUUAAAGCCUAAACUUUUUUUUUUUUUUCCUCUGGUUUAUAGAAAUUAACUCUCCAGUUUGCAUCAGAAAGUAGCAAAAACUAUUGGAAUUUGUAUUUAUGUAUACAUAAAAUCUCUUUUUGUGUUUUUUUUUGGGUGCACAUCAGGACUGCGUACAUCCUACAGUAUGUCCAGUGAAUCACAGGAACAUCUUUCUUUCCUACAUGAUUCAGUAAGUUCAUGAUACCGGGUUUGGUGCUUGGAGAGGCUGAAUUACAGGCACAGAAGAGUGAACUCCUUUCCUCUUUCUCUUGGAUGUAAAUUUUUGUCUUUAUACAGAUAUGAUACAGUUGCAAAGUUAAGUGUGUUUAAAAAUCUGACACACUGACCUGGAAAUGCAGCCAGAAUUGUUCUGACCUGAGUGAUUGUAUUGUGCCAUGCUGCCCAUCACUGGGCCAGCCCGACAUGAUCUACUAUUCACUGCUGUGAACUAUUGUGUCAAACAUGCCGUCUAGUUAUUAAACUUUAAAAUAUGA